AUGUCGUCACCGCAAAACAUAAAACAAAAAGUGUUCACGUGUUUAACUAAACUCUCCGAUCGCGAUACUCACUCCCUCGCCGCAGCCGAACUUGUGACAAUUGCUCGGAGUCUUGAUACAACAACCGUGCCGGUGUUUCUCUCUUGCUUAUACUCCACUGAUGCUUCCGAUAAAUCUCCGGUACGGAAGCAAUGUGUUCAGCUCUUUGGAUUACUCUCUGAGACACACGGUAACGCGCUUUCUCCUUAUCUUUCCAAGAUAAUCGCCAACAUCAUCCGCCGUCUCCGUGACACCGACACCUCGGUCCGAUCCGCAUGUGUGAAUUCCGUCUCCGCAUUGGCUUGCCACGUCACGAAGCAACCUUUUCUUUCCUUUCUGAAACCGUUAUCGGAGGCUCUAUUCACGGAGCAAGAACAGAACGCACAGAUUGGCGCUGCGCUUUGUCUAUCUUCGGCGAUCGACGGAGCUCCGGAUCCGGACUCGGCUAGGCUGGCCAAGCUGUUGCCGAAGUUUCAGAAGCUGCUUAAGCGUGAGGUGUUUAAGGCCAAACCGGCGCUGUUGACGCUGAUCGGAAGCGUGGUUGAAGCAGGUGGCGCGUCCGGUCACGUUUCCUUGAAGAAUUUGGUUCCGUGUUUGGUGGAAUCGUUGAGUAACGGCGAUUGGGCUGUGAGAAAGGCUGCGGGGGAGACGCUGAUGGUGUUGGCGAACGUCGAGAGAGAUUUCUUGUCGGAAUUCAAGUCUGAUUGUUUGAAAGUUUUCGAGAAUCGAAGAUUUGACAAGGUAAAAUUAGUUCGUGAAGUUAUGACUCAAAUGUUGGAAACGUGGAAGCAUAUUCCUGAUACUUCUGAUGAAUUUUCACCACCUCCUAAAUCGCAAUCUUCUUCAAAAGAGAAUGGAAGUGAUGGGGAUUAUCCUCCAGUUUCGCAAAGUUCGUGUAACCCUGGUUCAGUAAUGGCGAAUCUGCGGAGGAAAUCAGCUCCUGUUAGCCAAUUCAGUCCACCAGAUAGUUCUGCUGCUAGCAAUGGCAAGAAUGUGAGUGCUUUAAGUAGUAGCAAGAGAAGGAGUUCCGGUGUUUCGCGAAAAUUAAGCAAUCAGAAUUGGGAUGUUCAAGUGUCCAUGACUGAUCAGGGUGAUCUUCUGGAGAGGGAUGAAAACAAAACUUCUUUGGAAACAAGCAAAAGUGGUAAAAGCAGAUUCCUAAGGCCAGAAAUGAAUCGGGCACUGUUAAAUAAAAAUUCUGAUGAUAGAAUAAAAAAGCACAGUGGCUCCAAAGCUGGAUCUCGUGUAGUUCCAUAUCAUGAUGAGAUUCAAAACUCAGCUCCUGUGAGUAAUAUCGCCAAAGAUCUUUUCAAGAAGGACAAAGAAAGUGAAGAAUUAUCUUUGAUCCGUAACCAAUUACACCAAAUUGAGAAGCAACAGUCCAGUCUACUUGAUCUUCUGCAGAAAUUUAUGGGAAGCUCACAAAAUGGAAUGCAAUCUUUAGAGACCCGUGUACAUGGCCUUGAGUUGGCACUGGAUGAUAUCUCUUAUGAUUUGGCUGUAUCAAAUGGAAGGAUAACUAAUUCUAAUGUCCCUCGUAAUACAUGUUGCUUGCUACCUGGAGCAGAAUUUUUUAGCUCCAAAUUCUGGAAAAGAACACAGGGCCAGUAUUCAUCCCCGUUGCUCUCUAGACGCAAUGCUGCUCCAUCACUUGCUUCCAUGCACUACCCAGCUGGCAGAAAUGCUGAGACUAACUUUACGAGCCAAAGAUUGAGGCUUGAUGGAGGAUUCAUCACUAAUCCUCUGGCAGCGGUACACACUAAUUCAAGGGAUUUUGCUUGA